UCUUUCGAUAAGCGUCAUUUUGUUAGCUUUCAAUUUUAUUUUAUUUCUCUUACUCUCCCAUAUUUUCCACCGACACUCACUCACUUCAUUUGGCAUUUUCUUUCUCUCUUCAACAAAUUAAAUUUGAGAAGCUCUCCUCCCCAACAAACCCUAGCCGCCGCACACUGUUCACGGCAUUUUUAGUCCAUUUCCGACCACCGUUGGCCGAGUUACCCUCACAAUCUUCAUCUAUUUGAUAGACUUUUAAACAUUCCAACCACCGUCUUCUCUGAUAGAUCUCGACCAACGUAAACAAUAUUUUGAAAAACCAUCACCAUUAAAAGACUCUCCUCAAUCCCCUCUACAAAACCCACAAAAAAAAUCAUGUAUUGAAGUACCUUCGCCGGCAACCACCGUGCCGGAAAAUGCAACCUCCACCGUUAGGGUAUGAAAUUUAUGGGUUGGUGUGUCAAUAAAGGAACCAAAGAAGAUUCAACAAUAAGAUGAUUCAUUGGAAAAGCUCUAUAACUUCAAUCAUCUCAAGUACUUUCUUAUCUGGUAAUUACACUUCUGCAUGCGACUAUACAAACAUCACUGAUUUUGUGUUUCUUAAGAAAUUCAGCAUUGAUAUUCACCCUCCUAAAGCCCCAAAGAUUAUAGAAGUUUUGUGGAAUCCUCCUCCCUUGCAUUGGAUUAAAUGCAAUACAGAUGGCUCUUCCAACACGAACACUUCCUCUUGUGGUGGGAUAUUCAGAGAUAGGAAUGCAGAUUUUUUGAUGUGCUUUGCAGAAAACACUGGACAUGAAAAUGCUUAUUUUGCAGAGUUGUCUGGUGCAAUGAGGGCCAUUGAGUUGGCUAAGCUUCAUAACUGGCAGAGUUUGUGGCUGGAAUCAGAUUCUGCACUUGUUGUCAAUGCUUUCAAAAACAUCUCUCAAGUUCCUUGGAAAUUAAGAAACAGAUGGGAAAAUUGCAUUCUUGCAACCAGGAACAUGAAUUUUAUUGUGUCUCAUGUAUUCAGGGAAGGAAAUGAAUGUGCAGACAUGCUUGCUAACAUAGGAUUGAGUUUAAAUUGCUUGACUAUUUGGUUGGAACUUCCUGAUUGUAUCAAAUCUAUCUUUAUUAAAAACAAAUUAGGCUGGCCUAAUAAUAGAUUUGUGUAUUAGCAUGGAGGUUUUGGCCUAGUCCCCCUCCUUUUUUUGUAAUUUGCUCUUUUAAUAUAUUUUGGUGUCCUAGUGCUUUGCUAUGUCA